AUGCCUCCCAGGAUCACCUUCCAACCUUGUGGAUGGCAGCGGAGUCAGGACACUCCCCUCAGCAGUGAAUAUGAUUUUACCCUGCUCAACAUUGGGCGAUUAGAAGCUGUGAAUGGCCUAUCCCGAGUCCAGCUACUCCGUCCAGGGUCCUUGCUUAAAUUUAUCCCAGAGGAGAUCCUGAUUCAUGGCAGAGACUUCCGGCUGCUCAGAGUUGGUUUUGAGAGUGGAGGACUAGAACCUCAGGCUUUUCAGGUGACCAUGGCCAUUGUCCAAGCCAGAACUCAGAAUAAUCAAGCCCAGCACUAUUCAGGGAUAACCUUGAGCAAGGCUGGCCAGAGUUCUGGCCCCAGAAAACCACCUAUUCCCCUGUUGGAAAUAUUAGAAGACUGGGAGGCCGAGCGGAAGAAGCAGGGGGCCAGAGGUUGGAGGGUCAGCACUGUCAAUGAGAGGUUCGACAUAGCCACCAGCCUUCCUCGUUACUUCUGGGUCCCUAACCGAACUCUGGACAGCGAAGUUAAGAAGGCAUUUGGUCACUUCCAUCAGGGCCGUGGACCGCGCCUAUCCUGGCAUCAUCCUGGGGGCAGUGAUCUUCUCCGCUGUGGUGGCUUUUAUACAGCCAGUGACCCUAGCAAGGAAGAUAUCAGAGCAGUGGAGUCAAUGCUCCAGGCUGGGCAUUCAGAUGUCGUCUUAGUAGACACUAUGGAUGAAAUACCUAGUCUCACAGACAUCCAACUUGCCCACUUGCGGCUUAGAGCCCUCUGCCUGCCUGAUUCAUCUGUAGCUGAGGAUAAAUGGCUUUCAGCCCUGGAAGGAACUCGAUGGUUGGACCAUGUCAGGUCUUGUCUCCGAAAGGCCAGUGAUAUCUCAGUCUUAGUCACUUCCAGAGUUCGAUCUGUAGUACUCCAAGAGCGCAGUGACCGUGAUCUCAAUGGCCUCCUCUCUUCACUCGUCCAGCUGCUUUCAGCCCGAGAAGCCCGCACACUGCUUGGCUUCCAAACACUAGUCCAGCGAGAAUGGGUGGCAGCUGGACACCCCUUCCUGACCCGGCUUGGGGGAACUGGGGCCAAUGAAGAGGCCCCAGUGUUCCUCCUCUUCCUUGAUUGUGUCUGGCAGCUUCUCCAGCAGUUCCCAGCGGAGUUUGAAUUCUCUGAGUUUUUCCUUCUUGCUCUUCAUGACAGUGUUAGGGUUCCUGACACCCUUACCUUCCUGAGAGAUACACCCUGGGAACGUGGAAAGCAAAGUGGACAAUUCAACUCUUAUACACAAGUCUACAUACCAGGGCAUCCCCAGCCCCCCACUGAGAACUCUGUUAACCAGCAGCUGUCUGUCUGGGAUUGGGGUUUACGCUACAGCAAAGAACAGAUACUCCAAUUCCACAAUCCUGGCUAUGACUCCGAGCAUGGCCCGGAUUCCUGGCUUCCUAGUCAGCAGUCAAGCUUCAUGGUUCCUGGAUCCCCGAGUUCAAUGUGGCUCUUCUCUAGAGGAGUCCUGGCCCCCCUACAUCAGCUCUGUCCUUGGCGGGACAGUCCCUCCCUGCUGGCAGUCUCUUCUCGUUGGCUUCCUCGACCUGCUAUCUCCACUGAAAGCCUGGCUGACCAGGAGUGGGGGCUCCCCUCACAUUGGGGAGCUUGUCCUUUACCCUCAGGGCUACUACUGCCUGGAUACCUGGGACCCCAAAUCAGGCUCUGGAGACGCUGCUACCUGAGAGGAAGGCCUGAGAUCCAGAUGGGCCUGUCAGCUCCCACAAUCUCUGACCUCCAGGACGAGCUAUCCCAUCUUCAGGAGCUACUAAAGAAAUGGACACCAACACAAUCUCCUGAAAACCACUCCAAGAAAAGAAAUCCAAACAACCUUCUCUCCCAGUCCUGCUGAAACUGCUGCUGGCAUUCAUACAGGC